UGCUGAAGAGGAGAUGACUGCGAAUGUCACCGCAAUACCUGAGGCUGGCGAAGGUCCCGAGAACACAGAGGCCCCCGCACCGCCAGUGACGUCUCAGAAGCUGGUUAGACUUCCCAUGUCCCGGGUAAAGUUGAUAAUGAAGUCGGAUCCGGACGUGUCACUUGCCAGUCAGGAGGCCGUGGUGAUCAUCAGCAAGGCGACGGAAUUAUUCAUCGAAACUAUUGCCAAAGAUGCAUAUGUGUAUGCUCAACGAGGAAAAAGGAAAACGCUGCAGCGGAAGGACCUCGAUAAUGCAAUAGAUGCUUUUGAUGAAUUAGCAUUUUUGGAAGGCACAUUAGAUUAACUCAGAAGAUUUACCUGAACAUUUCUCAUGGUCCUCUAUUCACAAGAGGAAGAAAAAGGAUUUUGGCAGUGGUUUAAGGGUACAGACACUUAGAAUGACUACAUGGAGACACCUUUUUAAGUUGAUUAAUGCCCACAUAUUUUGUAAAUAAAUCUUAAA